CCUUUUUUGAGAUUCCUAGACAGCUCAGCAAAUUGGUCAGUUCAGUUCUAACUGUUCGGCUGUAAGGUUCUCUUUGAAUUUUAUUUUUUUUCCUAUCAAACUGUCUCCGUCAACUUAUCCGAUCUGGCUUUCCUACGUAAAUUCUCGGCAUUUGCGAAGAUGUCGUUGCCGCGUGUUUAUUUUGAUAUAGCCGCGGGAGAUCAGAAGCUCGGACGGAUUGUGAUGGAGCUGCGAUCGGAUGUGGUGCCCAAAACGGCGGAGAAUUUCCGAGCCCUGUGCACCGGCGAGAAGGGCUACGGUUACAAGGGCUCUCCAUUCCACCGGGUGAUCCCGAAUUUCAUGUGUCAGGGUGGCGAUUUUACCAAGCAAAACGGAACCGGAGGCCGCUCCAUCUACGGCAAUAAGUUCCCCGAUGAGAAUUUCCAACUGAAGCACACGGGACCGGGUACUCUAUCGAUGGCCAAUGCUGGGCCCAAUACCAACGGAUCGCAGUUCUUUAUUUGCACCGAGGAAACCACCUGGUUGGAUAAUAAGCACGUUGUCUUUGGCAAGGUCGUCGAGGGAAUGGAUAUCGUUCAGAAGGUGGAGUCCUAUGGAUCUCAAGAUGGAAAGACCAGCAAGAAGAUCAUCAUCGCAGACUGCGGUUCCCUGUAAAAAGGGAGCUAGUACAAUUUUACACUCGUAAUUUAAUUAAUCUUGAUACACACUGGAAUUAUCUUGCGAAGUUCAUGUUAAUGUUUAAAAUGAAAAGCAAAAUAUAAGGGAGCAUUCAGAAAGAAAA